AUGGUGGUGCAACUGCAAAUGGUAUUUCAGAUAAUUUUGCUAUUGUUUUCAAUUGAUGCAAUAUUUGUACAAGCAGCUGCGAGUUUAGCAAUUAAUGGUUCAUGUGAAGCAAGCUGUGGGGGUGUUAACAUCCCAUACCCUUUUGGAAUAGGAGAUGGUUGCUUCGUUGAUGACUGGUUGGAAGUAAAUUGCAGCGACUCUUGGAGCCCUCCCAAACCUUUCUUGAGGAGCUUCAACCUGGAGGUGCUCAGCAUUUCAUUAGGAGGUACAGUUCGCGUCAACUAUCCGACAUUUUAUGAUUGUGAAAAUGAUACAAGGAGCAGCACUACAAAUAUUGUGGAGUUUGGAAAAAGCCCUUUCAUCUUCUCCCAGUCGGAGAACAGAUUCGUGGCCAUCGGCUGCGACAACCUUGCCAAAAUGGUGUCCGUAGGUGGUUUAGCUUCAGUUAUUGGUGGGUGCAUGUCAAUUUGUGACACGGGUGGAUUGAUGGACGCAAGUACUUGCAAUGGCAUCAACUGCUGCGAAACCACAAUUCCUCCACAGCUCGAUGCCUUCAGCGCAACAAUUGGCAAAGUAAAUGACAACCCUCAAACUUACGUUGCCAUCACUAUGAACAAAGGAUGCAAGUCUGCAUUCUUGGCAGAAGAAAAGUGGUUCAAGGCCGAUUACCCAUUCUCAAAUGCGUCUGACAUUAUGUUGGAAGUUCCUCUGGUGUUGGAAUGGGGGAUUUUUAACACAUCAUUCAACUCACUUCCAAUAGCCAAUGAUGGCUCGGGAUCCACCGUAAAUAAUGCCUCCUCAAACUUUAUUUGUAUUACUACUAAUCGGACCUCAAUUUUUACAUGUUCUUGCAAACAAGGCUUUGAAGGAAAUCCCUAUCUUCUUGGAGGAUGUCAAGAUAUUAACGAAUGCCUAAAUAACCCUUGUCUCAAUAAUGGAUUCACCUGUGAAAAUACUUAUGGGUCUUACAAUUGUCUGGUACCCGACUCCAAGCGAGCGAUCAUAAUAGCAGGUAUUAGCGGCUGCCUUGGGCUAUUGGUUCUAUUUGUUGGUGGAUGGUGGUCAUACAAAGUUGUAAAGCAUAGGAGGAUGAUUAAACAGAAGAACAAGUUCUUCAAACGAAAUGGUGGUUUAUUGUUACAACAACAAUUAUCUUCACAUGAAGCCAAUGUUGAGAACAUCAAGCUGAUUAAUUCAAAAGAGUUGGAGAAGGCCACUGACAAUUUUAAUGAAAAUAGAAUACUUGGCCAUGGAGGACAAGGCACUGUUUACAAAGGCAUGUUGGCAGAAGGAAGAAUUGUUGCAGUGAAAAAGUCAAAGGUACUUGAUGAAGGAAAACAACUCGAAGAAUUCAUCAAUGAAGUUGUCAUUCUUUCACAGCUUAACCACAGAAAUGUGGUUAAGCUAAUUGGAUGUUGUUUGGAGACAGAAGUUCCUAUGCUAGUUUAUGAAUACGUUCCUAACGGAACUCUUUCCCAAUAUGUCAAUGGCCAAACUCAGGAGUUUCCACUAACGUGGGAUAUGCGCUUACGAAUUGCAACAGAAGUUGCAGGAGCUCUAUUCUACUUACAUUCAGCAGCUUCCACGCCCAUUUACCAUCGGGAUAUUAAGUCUACAAACAUACUCUUAGAUGAUAAAUAUAGAGCUAAAGUAGCUGACUUUGGAACUUCAAGAUCAAUCGCUGUUGAUCAAACUCACCUAACCACAUCACUAGUGCAUGGCACUUUUGGAUACUUGGACCCUGAAUAUUUUCAGUCAAGUCAGUUUACAGAAAAGAGCGAUGUUUAUAGUUUCGGUGUUGUCCUUGCUGAGCUGUUAACUAGUGAAAAAGCAAUAUCUUCAACAAGAACACAAGAACCCAGAAGUUUAGCCGUGUAUUUCAUUCAAUCGGUGGAGCAGAAUAAUUUGUUUGAUAUUAUUGAUAGUCGAGUUUUGAAAGAGGGUAAGAAAGAAGAUAUCAUUGCGGUCGCGAACCUUGCGAUAAGGUGCUUGAACUUAAAUGGGAAGAAACGACCUACAAUGAAGGAAGUCGCAAUGGAGUUGGAGGCAAUUCAAAUGUCGCAGCAAAAAGAUCAUAACCUUCAAGAAAACUAUGAAGAGUUUGAAUAUGCCCGAGCUGAAAUGUACAAGCCAGGGGAUGAUCUUCCCCCACCAACAACUUCAACCUCAUCAGAUGCCCAACCAUUAAUAGCUUCUCAAUCAACAUGAAUCAUUAUUUGU